AUCUCAAAACACAAACCAGUAGAGAAACGGAAGGGAAGUAAAAAUCAAAUCAAAACAAAAUGGGCAGGUUUUCCCUUUCCUCGGGGCAAAAACUGGCAAUUUGUAUGGUGGAACUGGCCGUGUUGAUGGGAGUUGCCUAUGGCAGCAACUUCUACCAGGACUUCGAUUUGAAGUGGGGAGGGCAGAGGGCCAAGAUAUUCGGCGGCGGCCAGAUGCUGUCCCUGUCUCUCGACAAGACUUAUGGCUCUGGGUUUCAGUCCAAGAAGGAGUACUUGUUCGGCCGGAUUGAUAUGCAGCUCAAGCUCGUCGCCGGCAACUCCGCUGGCACCGUCACUGCCUAUUACUUGUCGUCUCAAGGUCGCACUCAUGAUGAAAUUGACUUCGAGUUUCUGAGGAAUGUGAGCGGAGAUCCAUAUAUACUCCACACCAAUGUGUUCACUCAGGGAAAAGGAAACAGAGAGCAACAGUUUUACCUUUGGUUCGAUCCCACCAAGAACUUCCACACCUACUCAAUCAUCUGGAAGCCUCAACACAUUAUAUUCUUGGUGAACAACACCCCGAUCAGGGUAUUCAAUUCAAUAAUGCCGAGAACAGGGGAGUUCCAUUCCCCAAGAACCAGGCGAUGAGGAUUUACUCAAGCUUGUGGAAUGCGGACGAUUGGGCGACGCGAGGAGGAUUGGUGAAGGCGGAUAGAUUGGUCUAAGGAGCCAUUCACUGCUUACUACAGAAACUUCCAGGUCACCCAUGUUUCUUCUUCCUCGUCUCGUGGCGCGUUUGCGAAUGGAGACUGGCAGUCGAACGCGCUGGAUGCGAAUGCCAGGAGGAGGCUGAGAUGGGUGCAGAAGAACUUCAUGAUAUAUGAUUACUGCACCGAUAUGAAGCGAUUCCCGCUGGGAUUUCCUACCGAAUGUAAAUGAUUAUGAUGGGUGUGUCUAUUGAUUGUGUGCGGUGGCCUUUGUGACGUUGAUUCUUUCUUUCUUUGGUUGUUCAUAAGUAAUCGGAGGGUUUAUGGUCUUUCCCACCCUUCUUGUUUUCCCUAGUAUUUUCGUAUCCAAGCUUCAAGUGCAAUGAAAAUUUCUAGAUUCU